CGCAAGUUUCGCCUCAAACACCUUAGCCGCGCCCUCCAAAGUGAUCGCCGCCAUGGCCUUGAGCUUCGUCCUCCCUGCCGGCACCGCGGCCUCUCCCACCGUGGCACCCACCACGACGCCGUUUGCGGCGUCGUUGACGGCGGCUUCGGCUGCGGGCGGAGCUGUUCAGCCGGGCUGGGCGGCUGCGUGUGCCGUUGCAGCGGGGGCGGUGGCGGGUGCACGACGCCAGCGAAAGUGCCCCAAGGUGCCCCGGAAGUUUUCGCUGCAAAUGCCCACGUUUCCGGGCUUCGAGUCCAAGAAGAAGACGGUGGUCAUCACCGGUGCUUCCAGUGGCUUAGGCUUGUCCGCUGCUAAGUCCUUGGCCGAGCAGGGCUGGCAGGUGGUUAUGGCUUGCCGGGACUUUCAGAAGGCGGAAAAAGCCGCCAAGGAGGCUGGCAUGAACCCUGAGAACUACCAGGUGAUGCACUGUGAUUUGGCCAGCAAGCAGAGCGUCCGGAACUUCGUUCAGACCUUCCGCACCAUGUACCAGAGCUUGGAUGCUUUGGUCUGCAACGCAGCUGUCUACUUCCCAAAUGCUCACAAGGAGGGUGUCAUUUUGCCGGGUCUCUUCCCUGGGGGUGGUCCCCGUUGGAGCGCCGAAGGCCACGAGAUGAGCUUCGCUGCCAAUUACCUGGGUCAUUUCCUGCUUUGCAAGCUCAUGUUGGAGGACCUCAAGAAGAGCUCUGGCACUCCCCGCUGUGUCAUCUUGGGCACCGUCACAGCUACGGUGAAUGGAGCUGAGUUGGGUGGCAUGAUCCCACCUUUGGCGCAUUUGGGGAACUUCGAGGGCUUGGAGCAAGGGAUGAAGGCGCCGGUGACCAUGCUGGACGGUGGUGCUUUCGAUGGCGCGAAGGCCUACAAGGACAGCAAGGUUUGCGACGUGAUGUUGAUGAAGGAGCUCCACAAGCGCUUCCACAAGGAGACUGGCAUUGUCUUCACCUCUCUCUACCCUGGCUGCAUUGCUGAGACUGGGCUGUUCCGCGAACACUACCCGCUCUUCCAGAACCUUUUCCCUGCUUUCCACAAGACUGUGACCAAGGCUUAUGUGAGCCAAGAUGAGGCAGGGCAACGAUUGGCGGCCUGCGUGGCGGACGAUCGAUAUGGCACAAGCGGCAGCUACUAUUCUUGGGAGGGUGAGGCUGGCACCGGCGGCGGUGGUGGCAAGGAUGCAGUGCAGAACACCGAAAAGGACCACGAUUGGUUCAUGAACUACGGCAGCUUCCGCACCCUCAGCAUUGAUGAGAUUGGUGGUGAGGCGGCCAACGACCAGCGCUGCAGCAAGCUCUGGGAGCUUUCGGAGAAGUUGGUUGCCUGAGUGACUAGUCCUCUGGACUUUAUCCUCUGAAUCCGGCGCAAGGCCCGCCGGACGGACCAGGCCACCUUGCUGUCGGCCACGCAUGAAAUCCAGCGCCGUUCGAUGUUCAAGUUGCGAUGCAU